GUCUAAGGUUUGGUUUGCAAAUCUAACAGCAAAUUGCAACUCACUCUCAAGAACCCUCAUAUUCUGAAAAAAACAAGCUUUUAUCAAACACAAUUCCAAAAUACACCUGACAAAUUGAUCAAUCAUCAUCAUCCCCGAGCUCAAUUCUUGAUUCCCGAACAGUUCUCUCUCUAUAUUCCUUCAUGCCACCACCAACUAUAUAUCUACUCCUCAUAUUCUCUCUCCUUAUUCCGCCGCAUCCAACCACCGCCGAUCAAUCAUUCAUCUCAUCGCUCAUAACUCAAAACGGCCUCGAUUUCGUCAAGAAUUUACUCAUUUCGAAAGCGAUUCCUACACUCACAUCCACUCGGAUACCCAAAAUCGAAAAGACUGUUAGAAUCCCUGUAAUUGGUAAAGUGCAUAUCGUUCUAUCAGACAUCACUAUUAAUCGGGUCAAUGUCGGGUUAUCGAAUAUCAAACCCGAUGCCACCGGUGUUACAAUUUUCGGGUCGGAUGUGACAUGCGAUUUGAGUACGAAAUGGCAUUAUGCUUAUGGCACUUGGGUUGGCCCAAUUUCGAUUUCGGAUAGUGGAACUGCUCGUGUUAAGGUUAUUGGCAUGGAAACGAGUAUAAAGUUAGGGUUACAUAAUCAAGAAGGAUCUUUAAAUCUUUUUGUCAUGGAAUGUAAUUGUCAUAUGAACGAUAUCUCCAUAGACCUAAAUGGAGGUGCAUCUUGGCUCUAUCAAGGGGUUGUGGAUGCUUUUGAAGAGCCAAUAAGGUCGGAAGUCUCAAAGGAAAUUAUCAAGAAACUAAAGGCGGGAGUUUUAAAGCUUGGAUCGGUUGUGCAAUCACUUCCAAAACUAAUUUCGGUUGAUAAUAUUGCCUCGUUGAAUACUACAUUUGUUAACGACCCUUUUUUGAGUGACAAUUCAUUAGGGUUUGGGAUAAAUGGGUUAUUUGUAGACUCUAGAAAAGGAAAUUAUUUAUAUGGGAAAAAGUUGCAACCACCGGUUUCUUGUUCGGAUCCUCAAAAAAUGGUUGGAAUUGCAUUAGAUGAAGCGGUUUUCAACUCAGGAUUUGCGUUGUACUACAAUGUGACUCCUCAAAUCCUCUAUUUGUUCGUAUUCAUUAAUCCCCAUUUGUUACAUAUGACAGAUGAGAACAGGUUGUACUGUGCUAUAUUUAUGCGAUGGAUUGUGGAUAAAGUCCCCGAACAAAAUCUUUUAAACACAGCAGGAUGGAGAUUUGUAGUCCCUCAACUUUACAAAAAAUACCCAAAUGCAGAUAUGAACUUGGAAAUCUCUCUUUCUGAUCCUCCAAUUAUGCAUGUAUCAAGCCAAAUUAUCGAUGCAACCAUUUAUGCUGAUUUGAUCAUUGAUGUUCUUCAAUUAGAUGACAGGAUACCCGUUGCUUGUAUUUCAUUGGAAAUGGCGGGUGUGGGUUCGGUGCAAAUUACCAAAAAUAACCUUACGGGUCAUUUGAAACUAGAUGAUUUCACCAUGUCAUUGAAAUGGAGCAAAAUUGGGACCUUGCACAUGUUUCUAAUUCAGCCUGUGAUGUGGACGAUUAUUGAAACGGUUUUUGUGCCUUACAUAAAUGCACGCCUUGGAACGGGAUUUCCUUUGCCUAUAUUUCGUGGGAUUAACCUUCAAAAUGCUGAGAUAUUAUUCAAGGAUUCAAGAAUCACAAUUUGUAGCGACUUCAGUUAUAAAGAACCCUUUGAUCAAAGCCAUACACUUGUUUACACUUCGUAGAUCAUGAAGAGAGAUUCAUCUUGUAUAAUGUUGUAUAAUAUAUAUGUAUAGUUGUUGAGACCUCGUUUAUGAUUUGAUCUUGUUUGUACAUUUAACUCUUUUGAAUUAUGAAUACAUGAUUUUCAACCAA